GUUCCAGUUACUUCCCAAAAGUAUCUUCCUCCAUCCCUCCCGUCCCGUCCAGGCUCCAGAGAGGCGUGAGCUAAGCCAAGCCAGAGAUCGCCGGCGCGAAUGGUUCCGCCCACGGCUGCCGGCGGGAUCUCGGCCUCCCCCUCAACGGCCAUGCCGGAGCAUUCCCACGGGGCCAAGUGCCGCUGCCGGCCCGCGCGCUCCGCCUGCGCCUGGGCGCGCGACAUCUUCAUGGACGUGCUGACCGCCGCGGUCACGCUCCUCAUCCUCUUCGGCAUCGUCGCGUGCCUCCUCAUGACGCCGCUCGUGUUCGCCGCGCGUGCCUUACGCCGGCAGGCCAGGCGGUACGGCUUCUUCUCGCCCGUCGACCACCCGCGGCCGCGCCCGCGCCACACCGGCCUCGCGUCCGAGCAAAUCAGCCGCCUCCCCACCUUCGAGUCGUCCCCGUUCGAUCGAAACUCGGCCUGCAUCGUGUGCCUCGAGGCGGCGCGAGGCGGCGAGCGGUGGCGCGCGCUGCCACCCUGCGGCCACGCGUUCCACACCGCCUGCGUCGACCCGUGGCUCCUCCUGUCGCCGACGUGCCCUGUCUGUCGCGCUACCGUAGCCGUCCUCCCGAGAAGCGAAUCCCAGGCGGGAGACGGCAUCGAGAAACCGCCUCUCUCCCUCUACUUCAGUCCACCUCAUGGUGGCUAGCUCCCAGCGCCAUCUUGGGAUGUAAGGUUUGGUUUUCCAUCAGCAGCUCCACAAAAUGGCUUACCGCCUUGCUGUGUAAUCCUAGCUGCUGUAGCUAGGUUUCGUGUGGAUCAUCCUGCUGUUGUAAACCGAGAAGAAAGUUUCUCCCUGCUGACGACUUUGCAAUGUCAACUUCUUCACUUUGAAAUGACAACUUAUUUAUUUACUUUUCCAGUACUAAGCAACCGGAGAAGAAAAGACAUCACACAGCUUUAACCUAAUAAAAGCUGGACUAAAAAACCCUCCACCGGGCUCUAGGGCCAAGGACAAGGAAGCGCUACGUACGGACGGCCAUCUCCAGGCUGCGCCAGAUCGACAGCGCCAUGAGGAAUAUCGACGAGCAGACCAUAGCUUAGCUUCAUUCUCUUGCGUGUGAUGUCCCUUGUAUCGGUUUUUUUUUA